ACCAAAUUAAAUGAUUUAUUUUUUUCAAAUUUUUGUACUGAAAAAUUUAAUGGAACAAGGAAAUUAAUUUUAAAUGGCAAUGAUUUGUUUCCUAAAAUCGGGAAACGGAUAGAAGAUGAUGAUAUUUACAAUCUUACGGCUUUUUUGAAAAAAAAUUCUGAUAUUAAUUCGCUAAGUCUUGCGUAUAAUUCUAUUAAGUGUCAGGGUUUUAUUCGUCUAAUUAAUUACUUAAUUACAAACGAUAAAAUAAUUGAACUCAACGUCCAAAAUAAUGAAAUAAGUUCAGCAGGAAUCAAAAACUUAUGCUCAAAAUCUUCAAAGCUGAAGCUAAAAAUCUUGCGAUUAAAUGGAAAUAAAUUAUCACCCGAUGUAUGUAAAGAAGUAGCUGAGAUGAUUAUUAAUUCAUCUAUCGAUCAUCUUGAUGUCGCAGAAAUUGAUAUAACAACAUCGAGUUUUUUUUAUUUUAUGUCAGCAUUGAAAUCAAGCAGCCUGAAAAUAAUCGAUCUCAGCAGACCGAUUCCUCAGAUUAAUAAUUAUUUAGACAGUGAAUAUUUCGCCAGAAUUAUCGGUUCGAUGCUAAAAAUCAACACAAAUUUAACAGAAUUACAUCUACAGAAAUAUAAUUUCUCGUGUCAUGACAUUGAGUCAAUGCUAAUUGAUGCCAAAUUUAACAAAACUUUACAGUUAAUUGAUCUAGGAUGCAACAAUAUUGGCGAUCAUGGGCUCGAAUCGAUUUGUAAUUGGAUUUGUGAGAAUCCAGCACUUUCUGGGCUAAUACUUUCGCAUAAUAUUAUAACAGACACUGGAGCUAGAGCUCUCAGCUUUGUUUUACCUUUUUCAAAGAUCAUCUUAUUAGACGUUUCUUAUAACAAAAUAAAAGAUAAUGGUAUUAAAGACAUUUUAAAUAUAAUUAAUAACAGUACUUCUAUUAGAUAUUUGAGAAUAUAUGGCAAUACAAUAUCAUCUUCAGCAGAAAUUAUUGAAAGAAUCUUAGAGUCUGGUGUAUUGGAGCAAGAUAAUCUCGACGUAAAACCUUACAAAGUAGACGGUAAAUUUUACGCAGCUCAUUAUCCAGCUGACCAUUACAAACAAAGAUAUUACAAUGUUCCUCAGUCAAAUUUAUACUCCCAAAAUCCAACAAUUUUUGCGUACGUCGACGCGGCGGCAAUUAAGCCGAAACAACGGAGGAUAAGUCAUCGAGUGAAUCGUCGACUGAUUGGUACAAAGUUAAAGACAGUAGAAUGCAAAAAGUCAUGCUGAUUUUAGACAAAGUGGAUUAUGAUCUGAGAAAUUAUAUUUUAAAUCAGAUGAAUGUUGACGUUCAACUAGAACAAGCUAUUGAUUAUUUAAAUAAAAAUAAUUGAAUAAAAAAUAUUUUCCUAACUACCACAUGUAUGUACAUUUGCAUUUUUUUUUAAAUUUAUAAUUCUAA